GUGCAGUGUAGUGCGGGGGAGGGGGCUUGUUUUUAGCAGCUGCAGCAAGGUCGUUCUUUGUGUCAAAAUUCAGAUUCUUGUGACGAACAAUUAGUUUCAAGUAUUUACUUUGUGUCGUGAAUGAUUAUACAUCUACAACCAAAAUAUUUGUUGUUCGUGUGUGCCUUUAUUUUUAGAACUUAGUUUUUAAAUAAUCUGUAUCAUUCGAACGUUCCAAUGAGUGGAGGAGGACAAAACUCUGAUGGCUCAAAUGCAGGAGGAAUAUUUGUACAAUUCAAUCAGGACUGCACGUCCCUGGUUGCGGGCAGUAGCAGUGGGUACCACCUCUUUACUCUAACUGCGGAUGAUGGCAUCGAAGAAAUCUACGCCAGUCGCACAGGUCAGGAGACCUGCCUUGUUGACCGACUAUUCAGCAGCUCACUUGUGGCUGUGGUCACUGUAUCAGCUCCCAGGAAGUUGAUAGUAUGCCAUUACAAGAAGGGCACUGAGAUAUGCAACUACAGCUACAGCAACACCAUCCUGGCAGUGAAGCUCAACAGAUCCAGGCUCAUCGUGUGCCUGGAGGAGUCGCUGCACAUCCACAACAUCCGCGACAUGAAGAUCUUGCACACCAUACGCGACACGCCGCCCAACCCGCGCGGCCUUUGUGCGCUGUCGCCCUGCGUGGACCAUUGCUACGUGGCCUACCCCGGCUCGAGUGCCGUGGGUGAGGUGCAGAUCUUUGACGCUGUGCAUCUGAAUGCCAAGUGCGUAAUCAGCGCGCACGACAGUCCGCUGGCGGCGCUGGCGUGGUCCAUGUGCGGGCGUCGCCUCGCCACGGCGUCAGAGCGCGGCACCGUCAUCCGCGUGUUCGCGGUGCCCGAGCGGACGCGCCUCUACGAGUUCCGGCGCGGCGUCAAGCGCUGCGUGUCCAUCGCCUGCCUCGCCUUCAGCGCCUGCGGCAGCUACCUGGCCGCCACGUCCAACACGGAGACCGUGCACGUGUUCCGGCUCACCGAGCCCGCGCCGGCCGGCCCCGCGGCCGACGAGCCCGCGGCCGCGCCGGCCGAGGACGAGGCGGCGGGCGGCUGGAUGGGCUGGCUGUCCAGCGCCGUGUCGGCAGGCGCGGGCUACCUGCCGGCGCAGGUGGCCGACGUGCUGGCGCAGGGCCGCGCCUUCGCGGCGGCGCGCCUGCCGCACACGGGGUACCGCGCGGUGGCCGCCAUCACCAGCGUGGCGCGCGCGCCGCGCCUGCUGGUGGCCACGGCGCAGGGCGUGCUGUACGUGUACGCGCUGGACGCCGAGGGCGGCGACUGCACGCUGCUGCGCCAGCACCAGUUCCUGGAGCGCCCCGCCGCCGCCGCCGCCGCGCCGCACGAAGGUCAGUGCCAGCGCCGGCCGGCCCCGGCCCGGCGGCCCGGCGGGUGCCCUCGCCCGGUCCGGUCCGCCACGGCCGCACAUUGCUUGUCCUCCUUGUCCCCCGCCCCGUCCCCCGCACUGACUGGAUCACGCCUCUCCCACCCUCGCUCCGCCACUCUCACGUCACCAGUCGCCUCGACAGACAUAUUGUUCACAAAAAUAUUCAGCGCGUCGUCACUAAUUGCCAUCUCUUAUUUCUCUUCCCUUAUUUAUCCUUAGUUCAUUAACUAAUAGGCUAGGUUUAUUAUUUAUAUAUAUAUAUAUAUAUAUAUUAAUCAUCAGUAUAUUCAUACUAAACUAAAACCCAAAUAUGAUACUAUGUAUUAAAAUGUAUAAUGAUAUAUGUAUUUAUAUAUUCAAACUGUACACAUGUAUGGUUGCUUACAAAAACGUCAGUAUGGUUUUGGUAUUGUAGGAACACCGGUUACCUACAAAACAAGGUCUCGAUAAGUAUCGUCGUUGAGGUGACAUGUUGUCAUGGCUAGAUGGCUAAAUAGCGUUCAAACGAAGGUGCUGGAAGUGGUUAGCACCGAACAAUAGGUCUUCGCGAUAGUAGAUUGUAGUAGUGCACAACAGUCAGUCGUCCGUCGGCCCAGCCUUACGCCCGCCUUAGUUACACUGAUCGUGAUCCCACGCCGUGCACAUAUGAGUAAGGUAAAAUGUCAGACGCGGCGCGAGCUAGUAAAUUUCCUUUACUCGCACCAUCGCCGAGCAGACGAGAAUUUGUGCGGUGUUUUCUAUGUAAAAGUUUUUGACAAUGUACAGUCAGCGUCAAAUAUAUAGUACAAUAAGGGUACUCAAUUACCAAAAUAAUAAUACAACAAGUUACCAUAUAGGUACAGUUUAACUGAUAAUAGUAUCAAAGCAUUGUUAGCGUUCAAAAAUAUGGAGCACAUUAAAAAAUGAACAAGUUCCAUAGAUUUUAACUCUUAUUUGACACGGCCUAUCACUCAUAUGUUAGGUAACUACUGCUGACCUUUUCAUUUUGAACAUGACGUUAUUGGCAUGUGUUUUGUUUUGUAAAGUAUUUCGUGACGAUCCGUUUACAAAAUACUUACAUAAUAAUAUGUAAACCUCAACCUCACGCAUCUAAUAUGUGAUUCAGAGUAAAAUAUAAUAUAGUUAAUCAAAUCAAACAUUUAAUUUAAAAAUAAAUUUAAUUUCUUUGCGUGAUUUAGUUCACACACUGUUUACAGGCCAAAUUUGACGUACCAUAUAGGUUGUUUUGCGACGCGUGUAAAAUAGCCUUAAGUAAAGUGGUUGAGAAAAGCUACUAACUGACUAAAAAUCAAACCGUUCCUUUUACUGCUCUGAAGCGGACAUGGUACCUACUACAUCAUUCCGGUCACACCAGCAAACACAUUUCACCAUUUCAAAUGAUAUAUGAAUAACGCGAGUAAAAUAUUGUUCCAGUUCCUCAAUCAGUCCAUGGCUUGGCCAUAUAGAGUUUGCACUUUACAUAGGUAACUAGUUCCAAAGGAAAAGCUCCAUGUGAUUUCCAGUGUAUAUAAACAGGGUGAUCAAUGGUAUGUGUGGCCAGAGGUACGCCGUUUCCUUGCUACUAAAUGUCCUGGACAUGACAACAAUUUCAGGAAACAAAAAGUCCGUUAUGUUAUGGUAGACUAGAUUAGGUACACAGUACAUAACAUUUCAAACGUAGUUACGGACAACAAUGUAAAGCAAUGACCUUUAUGUGAUAAUAAGGAUAUUUUGAGAAAGUUAUUUUAUAAUAAUAGUUGUAAGAAAGUAAGUAUAAAUUACUCUUACCAGUAGUAAAGAAGAAGGGAGCGCUUGCAGUAUAAUAACGGAUGAGACUAAAGCCAUAAGUCACGAUAGUGGCAUUUGUUACGCUUGUUUCCUUGUCUUAUGAACUUAAUGAAACAGACGAUACCUAGAUAGAUAUGAUAGUGUUUCGAAUCGUUAAGUCAACGACGAUACUUAUGUAAAACCUUGUCGGAAGCAGUAGUCCCCCAGCCCCCCAGUCUAACGUAUUGUUCCCGCGCAGUGGCGGCGCUGUCCACUAGCAACAGUUACGCGGGCGCGCUGCGCGGCCGGGACCCGGCGCGGAUGACAGAGUCGGAGCGCGCGGCGGAGCUGGGCGCGGCGCUGGAGGCGGCCCCGCAGCCCGCGCGGGGCUUCGACCUGCGCGACCCCAAGCACUUCCCGCCCAUGCGGGCCGAGCGCGCGGACCCCGCCGCCCACUAGCGCGGCGCGCCCGCCUGUACAUAGUGUAUAGACCGAGCGUCACGAGUGCUGGCCAUCUGACGACGGACUCCGAGAGAGCUUGCAUCGACGUUGUAAAUUAAUUAUCGUAGCGUGUCCUUGCUGCGGACGAAAGGAACAUUAUUAUUGGGAAUCCAAUAAAAUUACUAUAUUGUAAAUAAAUGUAAAGGACCUUAAAAAUGACAUAGUUAAGUGUGCCUGCGCCUGGUGUCGACGUGUCCCGCGCAGAGAGCCGAGACGGCCUCUGUCCGCGACCUCCUCACCGCCUCACCGCCUCCACUCACAAAAUUCGUUCCCUGGACACUUACUAGGUCUCGAUGUAAGAUAUAGAUUAACUGCUUUCCCUGUUAUUUUGAUAAAGAUAGAACACUUCACGGUUUCCUUAUAAACAUUUGACAAUACUCAAACGAAUUACAUGUUUUAUGUGCAGAUAUGCACCGUCCUUAGUCUAACCUAACGCCAGCGGAUUUUUAAUAAAUUACCUUAUUCGAGAUAAUACAUUUGAUUCAGCUACACCUAGUAAGAGAUUUACAAUUUGUUUCUAGUUAUUGUACUACAAUCACUUUACUGCAAUACUUCACUGUGAGUCGAGGUGAGCAGGUCGCGGAGUAGGAAGCAGCUGUGUAGCUAAUUGUACCUAAUUAUGUAGGGUUGCUGUAUAUUCGUCACAAGACAGUAUGUGUAAACUCGUCACAUUUCUAAUUAUGUAAUAAAUAUCCAAUAUUAUUAAUUUGAUUUGCUUUCAUUGUAUAAUUGUAACGUCACUUUUCGUUAUUUUGUUAGUCAAGGAAAAAUGUUUUGUCUUUUGGCAUGAGCUCGAGUAACAUGUUUCAUUUAAACAUACCCAUCAUUAUAAUAAUACUGCAUUAUUUCUUUGGCUGCUGGCUGCAGCGCAACGUGUAGCGGGUUCGAUUCCCGCACGGAACAACUCUUUGUGUGAUCUACAAAUUGUUGUUCCGGGCCUGGGUGUGAUUUGUAUGUGACAUUUUAUGUUUGUAUAUUCACCAAAUUCAAGAAAAAAAACAAGAAAAUUCAAGAGUGAAGGAACAUUUUGAAAAAAAUGUGUUUCUUUUUGUGCCUGUUAUUUUGGCAAUAUCUUGUAGAGUGAGGAGGUUAAGGCGUGACAACAGAAAGGUGUGACUUACCUGUGACAAGUUUACACAUAUUUCAAUGCACGUGGAGAAUUUACUUUCAAUAUAUAGUUUGUUUGAAAACGUGGCGAAUGUACAACACUCCAUAUUGUAUGUGUAAAGGUGGCCUCUCGCCGUUACUUCAUUAAUUUUGCUCAUUACGGACGAACUCUGACUUCGGAAUCACCGACGUCUGUUCUGUGAUAUGUGUUUGUAUGAUCUGUUCUGUGCUCUGUUGAGAAGCCACUUUUACAAUUAAUUCUCUGCAAAUGAACAUUUCUUUUAUAUAAUCGAAAAAUAAUAAGCGUGAUGAUAAGGAA